UCAAAUAAAAUGGAGAGUCUCUCGCACAUACCUCCCGGUUAUCGAUUCCAUCCGACCGAUGAAGAACUUGUUGACUAUUAUCUCAAGAACAAAGUUGCAUACCCUGGAAUGCAAGUUGAUGUUAUCAAAGAUGUUGAUCUCUACAAGAUCGAGCCAUGGGACAUCCAAGAGUUAUGUGGACGAGGGACGGGAGAAGAGAGGGAAUGGUAUUUCUUUAGCCACAAGGACAAGAAAUAUCCAACCGGGACACGAACCAAUAGAGCAACGGGCUCUGGAUUUUGGAAAGCAACCGGUAGAGACAAGGCCAUAUACUCUAAGCAAGAGCUUGUUGGGAUGAGGAAGACUCUUGUGUUUUACAAAGGCAGGGCCCCGAAUGGUCAGAAAUCGGACUGGAUAAUGCACGAAUACCGUCUUGAGACCGAUGAAAAUGGACCACCUCAUGAGGAAGGAUGGGUGGUUUGUCGCGCUUUCAAGAAGAAACUAACCACAAUGAAUUACAACAAUCCAAGAACAAUGAUGGGAUCAUCCGCAGGCCAAGAAUCUAACUGGUUCACACAGCAAAUGGAUGUUGCUAAUGGUAAUUACUAUCACCUUCCUGAUCUAGAGAGUCCAAGAAUGUUUCAAGGCUCAUCAUCAUCGUCUUUAUCAUCACUACAUCAGAAUGAUCAAGACCCUUAUGGUGUUGUACUAAGCACUAUUAACGCAAACCCAACUACAAUCAUGCAACGAGACGAUGGCCAUGUCAUGUCCAAUGAUGAUGAUCAUAUGAUCAUGAUGAACACGAGUACUGGUGGUCAUCAUCAAUCAGGAUUACUAGUCAAUGAUGAUCAUAAUGAUCAAGUGAUGGAUUGGCAAACGCUUGACAAGUUUGUUGCUUCUCAGCUAAUCAUGAGCCAAGAAGAGGAAGAAGUAAACAAAGAUCCAUCAGAUAACUCUUCGAAUGAAACAUUUCAUCAUCUCUCUGAAGAGCAAGCAACAAUGGUUUCUAUAAACGGCAAUGCCUCUUCCUCUUCUUCUCCAUGUUCCUUCUACUCUUGGGCUCAAAAUACACAAACGUAAGAUCAAUCCUCAAAACGUGUGUGUAAAAUCCACACGCCUAUAUAUAAUUAAUUGAGGCUCAUGGUUAUUGCUUACAUAUCAUACAUAUACAUGUCUUAACGAUUACUGAUUAUUAUUUUA